AUGGCUUCAGAAGCCGAUAAAUAUUUCGAUAAACUACCUGGAAGCAACAAAUUCCAAUGUCGGCUUUGCAAGGGUCGGGGUUUCACAGAUAAAGCAGGCCAUUCAAACGGUAAAACUCACAAAUCCAAAGUUAAAGAUCGUAGGAUGGUGGCAGAUGAUGUGGGGUGGGAUGCGCUUGCAGACGAUAUUCAUGUGCCUGAUGCUGGACCAGCAGACGAAAUCGAUGAGGCCAAUGAAGUUGAUAUGACAGCUUGGCUUCAGGCUUUACGAGAUCAGGCUGCCAGUCCAACUGGAAACGAAUCUGACAAAGAGGAUCUAAGACCUUUCAACUGGCAAAACUUCCUUGCACCUCCCCAUGAUGACGACCACGACAGCAUCAACAGUGAAGAAGAUGAUGAGGAAAUAGAGGAGAUCCCUCUUGCUUUGGAAAAUGAUGAUGAUGAAGAAGUAAACAAAUGGUACCCUUUUGAAAAGAAAGAGGUAAUUAACUUGCUUUCAUUACCAUGA